AAGAAAUUAAAUGUUGAGUUUGAACUUUGGUGCAAUGAUUAUCAAAGAAGUAACUUAAAAGGAAAAUUGAAAAUUGCAUGUAUAUUUUUCAUUAGAAUUAGAAAUUAUAUUUUAAAAAAUAAAAAUAUUUUUAAGAAGAGAGAGAGAAAAAAGAAAAAAAAAAUGUUAUUAUUUUGUGUGUCUGACUAGGCCUCUCUUCCCUUUUUCCAUAGCCUAAGUAAGUCUAAGAACACAGCAUUAAAAAUGGCUUUGUCAAGUCUUCUGCUGAUGCCCAUCAAACCCUCUCCAAUUCCUUCCUUCAAAUUCCAACAUUCCUCUCUCUUCUCCUUCAAAAAGACCCUAACCCUAACCCCAAAUCCAAAUCCCAAUCUCAGGCCAACCACUGCCACCCCACUCAAGAUGUCGACCACGGUACAGGCGCUCAACCUUCACACCCUCCUAUCCGAUGCAGUCAACCUUAUUCAAUCCUCCCCUCCCACGUGGCACUCCGCCAUUCUCAGCAACUUCGUCAUCUUCGUUUUGGGUUCCCCGAUUUUGGUCACUGGCCUCUCACUUUCCGGCAUUGCUGCUGCUUUCUUGCUCGGCACUCUCACUUGGCGCGCUUUUGGCUCCUCUGGUUUCCUUCUUGUCGCUACAUACUUUGUCCUUGGGACAGCAGCAACAAAGGUGAAAAUGGCACAAAAGGAGGCCCAAGGAGUAGCUGAGAAGAGGAAAGGAAGACGAGGACCUGGCAGUGUUGUCGGUUCCAGCACUGCUGGCUGUAUAUGUGCUUUUCUCUCAAUAUUUGGGGUAGGGGGAGUAGGCUAUUCUCGACUUUGGCAAUUAGGGUUUGUUGCCAGUUUCUGCACUAAGUUAAGCGACACAGUUUCAAGUGAGAUAGGAAAGGCAUAUGGAAAAACAACGUACCUAAUUACAACAUUUAAGCCAGUUCCAAGAGGUACUGAAGGGGCUGUUAGUGUUGAAGGAACCUUUGCUGGACUUUUAGCGUCAAUUCUUCUUGCAUUUGUUAGUUGUUGCAUUGGUGAGAUAAAUGCACCUGAAGCUGUUAUAUGCGUAAUAGCAUCCCAAAUUGCUAAUUUUGGCGAGAGCAUAAUUGGUGCUGCACUUCAAGAGAAGGAAGGAUUUCGAUGGCUCAACAACGAUGCUGUGAAUGUCAUAAACAUAUCAAUGGGCAGCAUUUUGGCAGUGUUGAUGCAGCAAUUUGUGCUUCAAAACUGGCGGAUGUAACCUUUAUUAAGCCGUUUUUAAAGGGCGUCACUCUGGGUUUCUUGACACUGAGCCACUUCCAAAAAAUGCUUUAAGAAAUCAGAAACUAAAGAAUUGCACUAAGUGGGAAAACUGCAUUGCAAAACGUAAUUCCUUCUCAGCUCAGAUCGUGACAAAAAGUUCCAAAAUUUCUUUUCAUAAUUGUCAAUUCCCUUAGACAAAACAGUGCAACAGAUAAUACAAGAUCAAUGUAAAAAAAAAAAAUCACUUCCUUUCUUUGUAUAUCUCUCUUUCUCUCUCUGUUGGUAAGAAAAAAAAAAAGAAACUUAGUUAUAAAUAUAACCGUUGUAAAUUUUAUAAUAUUACUUGUCUAAAAAAGAUGUUUAUAUGAAAACGUUGAGAACGAAUGAUAGUUUACCUUCAACUUUCAAAAGUCAAAAGAUGAGGAAAAAAAAAAUCGACAA